UCAACUUACUGUGCUCCCUGCUAGUUGAUUCACUUACUCACCCACUAACACUGAGCUCCUUUUACUGUCUGUGGGCUAAAAAGGGACGGAAAGCGCCAGGAAUAAGGGGGAGGAAGUGCAGUGCCAGGCUGAGAUGUGCCCACCACACCAGGGGAUAUUGUGCAUGGGCUGACUGGGCUAGCCGCUCUUCUGCUUUCAGCUGAUUUUAGUAAAUGCGGAAGAUUAAUGUGGCCAUCUAGGACAUGCUCCGCCAAUAAUAGCUUUGGAUUACAUUGGAAAACUGAAUAAAGUGACUCGUGAAGUGUCAAAAGAAGUUGUGGUCAGGAUUUCAAGCAGAAGACUUAAGAAAUACAAUGUGCUUCUGCUGUUGGGUUGCAAGACUUCAAAAGUUUCCAAUGUAGGGCAGCACAGAUACAGUUUUUAAUGAAUACAAUCACCUUGAUGCCCAAAACUGGAUUCACAUGAUUCACAAAGAUAAGGAGAGGACAGCAAGACAAGAACUGCUCUCCCCUAUUUGAGAAUGGAUUUAGAAAAGUGAAAGCCGUAAAGGAAGCAUUAAAUAGCCUGAAGGGAAAAAGUGCAUUAGGAAAUGCAGGUUUGAAGAACUUUCAUGGCUUUCAGGUAGAAGCUGAGCAGACGUAGCCAUAAUGAAAACUCUAUGGAUAGGCACAUACAGCAGACUAACGACCGUUUGCAGUGCAUAAAGCAGCACUUACAGAACCCAGCAAAUUUCCACAAUGCAGCUACAGAGCUCUUGGACUGGUGUGGAGAUCCUCGAGCUUUUCAAAGACCCUUUGAACAGAGCCUCAUGGGUUGUUUAACGGUGGUUAGUAGAGUAGCAGCGCAGCAAGGCUUUGACCUGGAUCUUGGAUACAGACUCCUUGCUGUAUGUGCGGCCAACAGAGACAAGUUCACUCCCAAGUCAGCUGCUCUCCUUUCCUCCUGGUGUGAAGAACUGGGAAGGCUGCUUCUUCUGCGCCACCAAAAAAACAGACAGAACGACCCCCCAGGGAAACUCCCCAUGCAGCCCCCCAUGAAUUCUUUGAGUUCCAUGAAGCCAUCCUUAUCCCAUGGUGAUGGAUCUUUCCCAUAUGACUCCGUCCCUUGGCAGCAGAAUACAAGUCAGCCUCCAGGUUCUCUGUCAGUGGUCACAACAGUUUGGGGCGUCACAAACACUUCUCAGAGCCAUGUACUUGGGAACCCAAUGGUUAAUGCAAACAAUCCAUUAAACCCAGCUGCCAACCCCAUGGCAUCUGGCAUGAACAGCAAUAGUGGUGGCAUGAAUUCCCCACAGUUUGCUGGGCAGCAACAGCAAUUUUCCUCAAAGGGAGCAUCCAAUCAGCCAUACAUGCAGCAAGGCAUGUAUGGGCGUCCAAACUACCCAGGGGGUGGUGGCUUUGCAGGGAGCUAUCCAGGUGGACCCAAUAACCCUUCUGGAAUGGGCAUCCCACAGCACACACGGUCACCUGCAGAUUUUACCCAGCCUGCAGCAGCGGCUGCCGCAGCUGCUGUUGCUGCUGCAGCUGCUACAGCGACCGCCACGGCAACAGCUACAGUGGCAGCACUGCAGGAGACGCAGAACAAGGACAUGAACCAGUAUGGCCCAGUGUGUUCCUCUUUCCAGAUGGGUCCAGCCCAGGCCUACAACAGUCAGUUCAUCAAUCAGCCUGGCCAACGAGUCCCAUCUGCUAUGUCAGGGAAUAUGAACCCAGCUGGAAUGGGUCCUAACAUGGCACCUUCUAACAUGAGUGGUCCUCCAAUGGGGAUGAAUCAGCCUCGGCCUGGCAUGAACCCUUUUGGAGCUCACGGUCAAAGGAUGCCUCAGCAAAGUUAUCCUGGACCCAGGCCACAAUCACUGCCUAUGCAAGGCAUGAAAAGACCUUACCCAGGGGAGCCCAGUUAUGGUGGCCAGCAAUAUGGACCAAGCAGUCAGUUUCCUAAUCAGCCUGGACAGUACCCAAGUCCCAAUCCUGCCAGGCCCAUGACAUCUCCAAAUUACCCAGGCCAACGGAUAACAGGACAACAGAGUGCUGGACAGUACCCUCCACCUAAUGUGGGAAUGGGGCAAUAUUACAAGCCAGAGCAGUUUAAUGGACAAAAUAACAACUUUUCUGGGAGCGGCUACAAUAGCUAUAGCCAAAGCAGUAUGAACGGGCCUCCCAGACCAGGUCCUGUUGGUAAUUACCCUCACUCACCCGUCCCUGGAAACCCCACACCACCUAUGACUCCUGGCAGUACUAUCCCACCAUACCUGUCCCCCAGUCAAGAUGUCAAGCCUCCAUUCCCUCCGGAUAUAAAGCCAAACAUGAGCUCCUUACCUCCACCACCAAAUGCAAAAGGGAAAGUUCACGCUUUCUCUCCUUCUUCGAUCUCAGCCAGCCACACAGACGAACUCCGCCUAACUUUUCCUGUUCGGGAUGGAGUUGUGUUGGAGCCUUUCCGACUGGAGCACAACCUCGCUGUUAGUAACCAUGUGUUCCAUUUGCGACCAACCGUCCAUCAGACCCUCAUGUGGAGGUCUGACUUGGAGUUGCAGUUUAAGUGCUACCAUCAUGAAGACAGACAGAUGAACACCAACUGGCCUGCAUCUGUACAAGUCAGCGUCAAUGCCACUCCUCUUACCAUUGAGCGGGGUGACAAUAAGACUUCCCACAAACCUUUGCACCUCAAGCAUGUUUGCCAGCCAGGCCGCAAUACCAUCCAGAUUACGGUCACUGCCUGUUGUUGUUCCCACUUGUUUGUGCUGCAGUUAGUUCAUCGGCCUUCAGUACGUUCAGUACUGCAGGGUUUGUUGAAGAAGAGAUUGCUUCCGGCUGAACACUGUAUUACAAAAAUAAAAAGAAAUUUCAGCAGUGUGGCAGCUUCAUCUGGGAAUGCAGCUCUGAAUGGGGAGGAUGGAGUAGAGCAGACGGCCAUCAAAGUCUCUUUGAAAUGCCCUAUUACAUUCAGGCGGAUCCAGCUGCCUGCAAGAGGACAUGACUGCAAACAUGUGCAGUGCUUCGACUUAGAAUCCUAUCUUCAGCUGAACUGCGAGCGAGGAACAUGGAGGUGUCCUGUAUGCAAUAAAACAGCUCUUUUAGAAGGCCUUGAAGUAGAUCAGUACAUGUGGGGUAUCUUGAAUGCAAUACAAAAUUCUGAAUUUGAAGAAGUAACCAUAGACCCCACUUGCAGCUGGAGGCCGGUACCUAUUAAGUCAGAGAUUCACAUCAAGGAUGAUCCAGAUGGGAUGCCCUCUAAGAGGUUUAAGACUAUGAGUCCCAGUCAAAUGAUCAUGCCCAAUGUAAUGGAAAUGAUUGCUGCAUUAGGGCCUGGCCCUACACCUUACCCAUCAUUGCCACCUCCACCAGGUGGCGGUAACUCCAACGAAUAUGUUGGACAAGGAAAUAAUUAUCAAGGUCACAGCAACUUUGACUUUCCCCACGGAGCACCUGGUGGGACAUCUAUGAACGAUUUUAUGCAUGGGCCCCAGUUAUCUCAUCCACCUGACAUGCCCACCGGAAUGUCAUCGCUUGACAAACCUCUAAGCCACUCCAUGCAGGAUUCUAUCCCUCAUGUAGGAAAUUCUGAACAGCCUCAUGGCUCUAUGCCUCAGGGGUUACACCCGCCUCACCCAGGUAGCCAGCCUGGGCAGCCUUUACACCACGGUGGACCAGCACCUCAACCUCGACAUCCACCACAAGCUGCCAACCAUCCACAUGGGGACAUGGCCUUUAACCCUUCCUCUGUGUUAGAAGGUCAGCCUGGUGGACAAGGACCUCCAGAAAUGCCAGAGCCAUCUCUGGAUCUUCUUCCAGAGCUUACUAAUCCAGAUGAGCUUCUUUCCUACCUGGAUCCUCCAGAUCUACCAAACAAUAGCAAUGAUGACCUUCUCUCACUGUUUGAGAAUAACUAAACUGCAGCUGUUUCCCCAAUCCAUAAUACAGCCAGUCAAGACACACAAAGACCGGCACAGUUCUGGAAACUCCAUCUCUUAUCCAUUAUGUCUGCCUUCCCGGCAGUCUUGCAGCUGCAUUUGCCUCAGACUUAUGUGCUUUAAGUGACGCUGCUAUAAGGCAACAUACAGCUUCAGACUGCCUGUAGAUCUCUUACAUGGUGCUUCCUGGUUUUCCCAUGCUGAGGUUCAUAAAUGGGAAACUUUGAAGACAAAGUCCUCACUAGGCAGGUUAAGAGGUGAUGAAGACUUAACACAAGACGCAUGAUGCCUCCUGAUGCCUAGUGCAACUCCCCCCACCCACCCACACCACGACCAGUCUCACACCAGCUGGAGAAGAAGAACUUAACCAUGCAAUUUGAAGAAAGAUGGAAAAAACACACCCACACACAAAGCACAAGGUUCCUAAGUGGUGAGCAUUGAGGGUAGACAUCUUGCUCACGCCACACACAAGUGCUGAACUAGAGGAAAGUCCCCUUGAGGGUCUCCUGCAUCUUCAGCUUGUUGUCAGAACACUUUUUCUCAGUUUUUAUUGCAGCAUUUUAAACAAAAAUUCCCAGGUCCUGGUCAGAAGUUUCCUAAAUGACUAAACUCCAACAGCAUGGAAGCUAAGGGACAAUAUUGCCUGAUAUUCUAUCCAGGAACUGGGCUGUCCAUUAUGACUAAACAAAUUUUGUUUCAUUUCUUUUUGUUGUAAGCUGCAACAAGGGGCAUUGAUGUUGGUUUAAUAAAGCAGCUUAAGGGUUAUGUUUUAGUUUUUAAUCAUUUUCUUAACCCACGAAGACUGUUACACAAUAAUUGGCCUUUUUAUCUGUCUGGUGAUUAUUUUCAUUUUACUAUGAAACCACAUAUAAAUAUGUGUUAUUUGUGCAAUCUUUUUUCCCAGACACCUUGUGGUCAAGGUACCUUCUAGAGGUGUGGGGGUGGGAGUCUAAAUGCAUGAGUCUGACCCAGUUUCUGUGCUUCUGGUGUGUUAAUGCUGCUUGCUUCUGUAAAACUGUUGUUAUAUUUGUACAGAAGUGCAUGUGUGCCAAUCAAUGUUACUUUGUCUUUGUUCACUUUUUUUCACUUCUUUCCUCCUUUGCUGGCCUGCUGUAUAAAUAAAAGGGUAUUUAGUCUCCUGCAGAUCACUUUAGUAUAAGAAGGCUUAAAGGAAGAUUUUUCCUCUUCCCUCUUAGUAAGCUAUUCCCUCCUUUUCGCUCCUUCUCAGUGUACCAGCUAUGACAUUUUAUGUCCUUUUUAUGAUAUUAAUUUUUUUGCCCGUGUGUUGUGCUUGUACAGAUGCGACAGACGCACCAAACAAUCCCAUUUUGUCUAAUGUUUGUUUUCCUUUUUUUCUAUCACCAAAGUUGUAUUUUGUAAAAAAAAACUUUUUUAUUUAAAAAAAAAAUAAAUAAAAAAAUGAGGGCAAAGUGAUAAUUUACCCUUUUUUGGUUAUCCUUCUAGCAGUUUAAAAUUCCUGACAUUAUUUUAUUAUAUCUAUCCUCCUUGUGUAGAAAUUUAGGCUUUUAUAAAUACAUCUCCACUUUUUGUUUUAUUUUUUUAUUUUUCAUUUUCUAAAUUCCGGUGUCUUAGUAAGGUAAGAUGGCAGCACAUGAUGCUGUUCAUAUGCAAUUAAAAUAUUGUAAAUAUGUUAAAAAAUGUUAGAAAUAUGUGUUGCUCAGUGACAUGGUUUGUUCUCAUUCAGUUUCUUUUGUUAUAAUGCCAAGUUCAUGUGAUACAUCCCCCUCUCCUCCAUCCUUUUUACCUUGUUUUUACAGCUAUACCUGCAGUGAUAUUUUUUCUUCCUUACAGAUGUCUCCAGCUGCUGUAGAAGUGAAGGGGUUACACUAAGUUAUAAAGCUCUUGUAUUUAUAAAAAUCUGAAUUUGCUUGUACCCAACAAAGAAACAAACUUAAGUACUUGCUGCAUAACAAUGGGACAGAUGCAUGGAGUGGCUUUCCAUUUCUGCACCUCACAAUUUGACUAACAAUUAUACAACAAAAAUCUAAAAUCCUCUUUUAUUUGUUGCUCUAAUUCUAUAACAUUAUAUUGCCUUAAUGGCUAAAGUAUGUUUUACCACUUUAAAUUAGAAAGGAAAGGAAUUCCUAUUUUUUCAUAGCAUGAAAUACCUUUUGCGUUACUGAGUUAUCUGCAGCAGUACAAACAGAAAUCAUACAUUAAAACUGAGGAAGUGAAAAUGCAAGGCUGUUUUUUUUCAACUGGAAAAAAGUUACCCGUUCACUUUAAGGAGGGGAAAAGGGAAUGAUGGCAUUGCCAGCUGAUGCUUAGCCCUUUCAGGUCUAGGCAGGGUUAAAGGACUUCACAUCCUAUGUAUAUAAUGUAUAUGAGCAGUAGAGACAUAAAACACAGACACAUUCAUUUUCCUGGGAAUGUGCAUUUGUUUGUUUUUUAUUUUGCAAAAAAAGUGGUUAGAAAAAUGUUUAAAAAAAUGUGCGUGUUUCCAUAUGGUGUGGAAAUAAUCCUAUAUUUGGGGAGGGUGGGAAACAUGCUGGGCUGGGUGCAUUUUGUGUGAAAUCACAACAUUGUUUCCACUCCUGUAAAAUACUUUGACCCUUUGUGAAAGCAAAUGACAUUUUUUAUGUACAUCUAAUAUUUUGGCUAAACACAUUAGUCCUGUGUAUUCUAAGGUGCUACAUGAGGUAAAACACACACACACAGUGAAAAAUUUUGGAUUAUAGGGAAAUUAAAUUAAAAAAGAGAUUGUAACCACAUUUUCUUUGUAUAAUUUUUGAUAUUAUGAUCAGAUGGGAAAAUUCAAAAUAAAUAAAUGGUACAAUCUGUAA